CCCCCCCCGCCGGCAGUGUUGGACAGCGUCAGCCUGCGCGAUAUCCAGCUCCCGCUCCCUACAGCCCCUGAUCCAUGGCACCGCGCAGGCAAGCCGCAGCCCGCGACGGCGUCGAUGAAAAUCUCAUACUCGUCUGCCGUUGCGGCGGCGGCGGCGGACGACGUCUCCCUGUCGCUCGAUUACGGGAAGCUGUUCCGCCGGCUGGACGCGGAGGUGCGCGAUCUAGGCAAGCAGGGUGCGCCGGGCCAUGCGAUGGUCAACGUGGAUGGGACCCAGCGCGAUGAGAUCCUCGUCAACGAUCUGGCUCAAGAUGUUCGUCUUGUGGCUUCGGUGGUCACGCAUUGUGGGCUGGAUUUAUUGGAUGAGACGGCGGCGGGGAUCCGGCGGAUGGCGCAUCUUCAUGUUCAGACGGUUGAGCAGACUACCUCUUCUACUUCUAUCUCUACUUCGUCUUCGCGAUUCCCUAUUAAUGGAGACUACGGUCGGUGUGAGGUCUGGCUGCAUCUUCCCAAGGCACUUCUACGCGCCGAGGGUGGAUUGCGGUACCGCAGCGUCACGGUCUGGGGAUAUAAGCAGUCAGAGGAGGAGGAGUUUUCCGAACAGGCGGUGGUCGAGAGUGGCCGGCGGUGUCCCGUCGUGCUGGAGGAGGAGUUUAGGAUCGAGGGGAUCCGAUGCCAUUGUAUCCUGGGUGUGAACUCGCACGAACGCGUUGAGAAGCAGGCGGUCAUUAUCUCUUUGGUAUUCGAGGGGCCGGGCCAAUUGGCGUGGGGGUCUACCGUUAUUGAUACCUACCAGGCAAUGACGAGAGCUGUUGCAGAGAAAGUCGAAGAGACAUCCUUCCAGACCGUCGAGGCAUUGGCAACCUUUAUCGCACGUAUCGCAACCGUCGACUUUUCAAACGAGCGAGUCACCGUGACGGUGGAAAAGCCCAGUGCCCUGUCCUUUGUAGAGAGAUCCGGCGUCGAGAUUACUAGAUCGCAGGCGUUUUUUGAGAAAGCUUGAGAAGUUGACGGGUGUAACCUAAUAAAAGCAACGGAUGAGACUACCUAAUAAUAAUGAUUCAGCCAUA